AAAGUGGUGCUAUUCGUUGUGAAAUGAAUCGGAGGGGGAAAGAAGGAAGAAUAAAUCGGAGCGAAAACAAUUUGGAGAGAAGCUGCGCCGCAGGAGAGCAUCGGCGUUGAGGGUUGUCUGUGGCCUGGUUCAAGCAGAAAAGUUUCUGGGAUGCCAAGCUGUAGACAUUCUGUGGACAAACACGUGCCCUUCAUACUGGCAUGGGGGCCACUCAGUGGGCAUGGUCACAGACUCUCUGAAGAGGUCUGUGUUUCCAACAUUCCUAGAGUCAAGCACAAUGGAGAACUACAGAUAACAGGCACAGUUUUUUUAAGCAUACUUUUUCUCUGAAAUGUUUCUGUAGAAACAGAGCUUUUUGGAUAGUAAUUGUUGACGAUUCUUUUUAUUUUGAAAACAACGAAACCUUUGUCAUUUUCUAUGAGCUCGACUCUCUUCCCAUCACUGCCCGAAAUGAGAUUCCGAAUCUACAAGAGGAAAGUGGUCAUACUGACCAUGGGGAUGCUGGCUUGUGGCUUUGCUUUUUGGAGCAGUGGCAGGCAUAAGAAAAGCGAGGUGUUCUCCAAGGAGCCGAUGAGGAGCAGCCAGGUGCAGACAACCCCUGCAAACCGGAGACUGAUCAAUGAAAGUCACCUGGAGGCAGCGGUCAAAGCAGAGACAGACAACAUGACUUUAAUCUACAGAAGGACUGUGUUCCAGCUGAACUUCGACCAAACCAUCAGAAAUGAGGACAAGCUAAAAAAGCGGCCAAAGGAUGACCUGGUGGUGGUGGUCCAGGUUCACAACAGACUUGAAAAUCUGAAACUGUUGAUUGAGUCCCUUCGGAAAGCGAGGAGCAUCGAGACUGUUCUGCUUAUAUUUAGCCAUGACUACUGGUCACCAGAGAUCAACCAAGUGAUCGCCGCCAUAGAUUUUUGCCCGGUUCUCCAGAUGUUUUUCCCCUUCAGCAUUCAGCUCUACCCUCAAGAGUUCCCAGGGAAUGACCCCAGAGACUGCCCGAGAGACAUUCCCAAGAAAGACGCCUUAAAGCUGGGUUGCAACAAUGCAGAGUACCCUGACUCAUUUGGCCACUACCGAGAAGCCAAGUUCUCCCAGGCCAAACAUCACUGGUGGUGGAAGCUAAACUUUGUUUGGGAAAAGGUUAAGGUUUUGAAAGGGCACAGUGGAUUGGUGCUGCUCAUAGAGGACGACCACUUCCUUUCGCCCGACUUCUACUACCUCCUCAAGAAGAUGUCCUCUCUCAUGAAAGAGCAGUGCCCGGACUGCGACAUCCUCUCGUUGGGGGCAUAUGGGCAUGUUGGUUAUGCCAGCAAGGCAAACAAGGUGGAGGUGAAGGCCUGGAAGUCCACAGAGCACAACAUGGGAAUGGCCUUGACCAGGCAGACCUACCAGAAACUCAUCCAGUGCGCAGACACCUUCUGCACGUACGAUGACUACAACUGGGACUGGUCGCUGCAGCACCUCACCGUCGCCUGCCUGCCCUCGUUCUGGAAGGUCAUGGUAAGCGAGGCUCCCCGUAUCUUCCAUGCCGGGGAGUGCGGGGUGCACCACAACAAUGCCUGUCUGCCGUCCGGCCAGAAGACCAUGAUCGACAGGGUCCUCCAGGGCAGCAGCAAUCAGCUGUUUCCAAAGAGCUUGCUCAUCACCAAGAGACUGCCCUCAGCCGGGGUGCCCCCCCAAGUCAAGAACGGAGGCUGGGGGGACAUCAGGGACCACGAGCUCUGCAAAAGCUACCAUAAGUUACAGUGACAUUGCUUGCUGAUAUUUGCAUCCUCAUUUAGAGAAGAAACUAAAGAGCCUGAAUAUACCUAUGUAUGGAUUGCUUCUUUGCCUGCUACUUUAUGGGGUUGAUCCAGUGGUUGCACAAGCCCAUGGAAUGCUGCAUCUUAGGAACGCAGGACAUUUCAAAAUAUUGUUUUACACUAAUUCUGAUAAAAAAUAACUAUUUGUGCCGUAAUAUGCCAAGUCGCAAUAAUAGCACAAUAAAUGUACAUAAUUUCAGGGAGAUUUGCACAACAUGUUAGGGGGAUGUGACGUUACGAUGAGGGAGAAGGGGGGGUCCUCCCCUUGUCUGUAAUUUUAUUAUGACAUUUGUAACAGAAGUGCGAUGAAAUAAACGAAUGUUUUGGUGUUCUGAUCGAAGUGAUUUUUUGCAACCCAGGCUAAAUGAAUUGAAGGCUAUUUAUGUUUUAUUUACUCAUGUUGUGCAAGCAACUGCGGUGUAGGCAGAAAUACAUUUCAACAUAUCCUGCUCCAGCGGUCUUUAGCGCUAAUCCCAUGACACUUCUGUACUCCAAACAGGAAUGUGGGCAUCGUUCUAACUAUUACAACUCUACUGCCCUAUGGUGGUACAAAAAAUAACAUGAUUAUGUACAUUUGUUUUUCUUUUCUGAAUCAAUAUUACAAAGUACACAACAAUGACAGCACAAGUUUCGCACAAACCCAAACCAGCAGUACAACACCUCUCCUGAUAAAGCGUGCACCCACUCGUGACAGGCACAAUUUAUUAGCCCCAAUUAAGAAGAAAUAACGGAACACUGAAUUGGGAUGUGCACAACAAAGCCAAGGGAAAGACAAGACCAUACCAUGCAAUGUAGCAUGCCCUCGCACAGGCAGGAAAUCAUCAGCUGCCAACUUUAUAAGGUGAACUAUUUUUGUAAAAAAGCUUAUUUACAUAGAAGAUGUAGUGAUCACAUAAUUGUAACGUUGCCAUAGCGGGCAUGAAGAAUGUAGCUAUGUAAUUCUUUCUUACCAUUGACGGCUUGUUGCAGAUAAGCUAAGGUAUCACAAAAUAAUUUGGAAUGCACUACUUUAUUCUUCUUUUUUUACAGCACACAGCAAUGUUUUAAAACUAAAAAAACUACCUAGAGCGUAACAUCUUGUUUUUUCAUUGAAUUGAAAGCACUUUUUAUUUGAAACUCGCAAUGCUACCAGCUUCUGUGAGUAUUGAGAUCAAUAAACAAAUGUCAGACACCAAAGAGGAUUGGUACAAAGGUACAGGAGCUAUUAUUUUGUUGUAGUUCAAGUCUGGGUCAUCACCUAUUGUUAUAUUAAAAAAGACUUUGGAAUAUCUGCAUAUAUAGAACACAGUAUAUAAUAUUUGUAUUUCUUCUUGCAUUUUGGCCCUCUUUUUCAGUGUAAAAUGUGACAUCUGAUUGACCAAAUUAAAGCAUAUGUUUCGGUGCUUCUAUAAAAUUGUCUUUACAUAAUAAAAUAAAUAUUUUUGCUUGUGAA